AUGACAUCCUGGCCAGGGGCACGGAGCCGUGUAUCGCAACCGCCGUCCACGGCAGACUGCUAUACCAACACUAAAAGUGAAGUCUGCCUUCCCAACAUUUCAUUUGCUCCAACUUCACGGCUAGAAGAGUUACAAAGAGACGCUCGAGCAUCGAGCCCCACAGCAUCAGAAACCUUGCAACCAUUGUUGCCACUUCCUUCAGGUGGUUUUGCUCCAAUAACGACAUCAACAGCGCCAAUCAUCGGUCAUACCGGACCAGAUAUGGUAGAUGACGGGAACGAAGCCACCAAAGACGACCGCUGGUCACCACAAAAUCUCCAACAAUGGAACGAAUAUGAUGCUUUCACCGAGUCAUCCGUAACAUCCUUCCCGGUUCAGUAUCCCCCCGAAAUAGAUGAACAAGCCAACUGGUAUCGCAUACCUGCGCCGCCCCCUGAAUCAGCCCGUGAGACCAGUGCCAAAGUGGCAAACCUUAUAGGAGAAAUAUUAAGUAUACAUGAAGAUGUGUCAGCCAAGCGCUAUCGGAUCCGGGAAAUGCGGCAUAUGCUUCGACAGAAACGUGAUGAGGAAGAUGAUGUGCGGGCUGCACUACGGAAUAGUUUGAAUCUCAUAACUGCCGAACACGUACAUGAGGAUCUUGCUGCUAUCAAUGAUACCAUCAAUAACCUCCAGGUCGUGACAGCGGCCUAUUUCAUCCUUGAAAAUGAGUACCAUAGACAGGAAGAGGAACUGUCGCAGCUGGAGUCCGACUACAAUAAACACUUAAAAACAUUGCAAAUCAUCUUCAAAAAUCAAGGCAGUUCGUUGGCACACUUCCAACCCAUCCACUCAGACUCCGAGUCUUCCUCGACCAACUACGCCUCGGAAUAUGAUGACCAUAUAUUGCCCCCGGUGGCUGAUUAUCCCUCCGUGGUUGACAAGGCGCGCAUACUCACGGAACGCCUAUCGGAACUAGAGACAGAAUACCUGGUCUUAGUUGACCAACGCGAGCUCCGUGAGCGAGUCGGCAUCCCACUCGAUAGCGCAGCCCUCAACUUCCUCCUUCGCUAUCAAGAUGAAAAAAAUAAACUCGAGACUGAGCUUAAAGUAGCCCGCCGGAACAUGGAGUCGCACCCGGAACAUGCCAACUGCUCUGCGGGGGUCGCAGAAGAGGAAGAUAGAGAACAGGAGGUGAUACAGCAUUUCAUGCCUGAACUCCCAGAAAGCCAGACGUACAAUGAUCCGCUACACUCCUCAGAAUUUGAGGAUUCUUCACCUUUCUUUGCGUCCGCUCAUCCAUACCCUAUCAACAAAGGUACUUUUGUGAAUCGAUGGCUUCUUCAUCGGUUGCGGCACUCAAGAUUUGAGAUUAUGCGAUUUAAGUCCGCACCUGAACUAAUAGAUCUGAACAGCAAAGGCUGGGGGUCAGACAAUAUUAGCAAAAUGGCAAUGAUGCUUUGGUUUCAGGAUGGUGCGGCGAGCGUGGAGCACAUCAGGAGUCAAUCAGCGAGGUAG